AUGGCCUGCAGAGCAGAGAAGGAACUGGAAACUCAGAGCUUUACAGUCACAGCUCCCUCUCAGCAGAUAAACAAACUGGAGGAAGAUGAGUGUGAUUUACUUAAAAAAGAGCCUGAAUCUGAGCCUGAUGGCAUUCCUGAUGCCAUGCUACAAGUAGAGGGAGAGAGGUUUUAUGUCAAUCGUCACCGACUGGCUGUCCAAAGUCCUUACUUCAGAGCUCUGUUCUUUGGCUGUGGCAUAGAGAGCAGCAAAAGGCAGGUUGAGAUCAAAGGAGUCGAUCUGGAGCCCUUCCGGCUCUUGAUGGAGUACAGCCAGACAUCCAUCCUCCCCCUGGACAGGGAAAACGUUCUGGGAAUCCUUGAGAUGGCAGAUUUCCUCCAACUGGAGCGAGCCAGGCUGCUGUGCUGUAAAUUCCUGGAACGGGAGCUCCACCUCAGCAACUGCUUGGGGAUGAUGGCCUAUGCUUGGCAGCGGGGAUGCACACAACUCUACAUGGCAGCCAGACAGGUGGUGCUAACACACUUCCCUGCUGUCGCCUCUGAGGAAGACUUCCUGUCCCUGUCCAAGGAGAGCAUGGCAGACCUUCUCGCCAGCGAUGACCUGUGCAUCCUCAAAGACGACCUGGCCCUGGAGGUCACACUGCGCUGGACAACUUUUGACCGUCAACGAGAGGAGCACUUCCUGGAGCUAAUUGAGUUGGUGAGGCCAGAGUGCCUCUCUUUGUCCUAUGUCACUGAACUUUUAACCAGAAUCAAAGGGUCUGACCCAAAGGCCAAGCUCAUCUGUAUGUUGAACGAACAUUUCCCAGCAUCUUGGUCUAUGGGCAGGUCAUUGCGUAGGACCAGGGUUCGAGAGACUCUGUUUGUCCUGGGUGGGCCUCAUGAUCAGGAGAAACAGGCCCUCUACCAGUUUCACCCCCUCAGUGGGAGAUGGCAGAGCUGCGCCACUCUGCAGAGGAAGAACCUCACACAGUACUCUGUGGCUGCAGUAGGAGACAAUGUGGUGGUGACAGGCGGCUACUUCCGAGAUGUGCUGUGGUUCAGCGUGGACUGGGUCAGGAUGUACGAGUGUGGGAGCCAGCGCUGGUUUGAUGGGCCGGCCCUUCAGAAGUCCAGGCACAGCCACUGCUCCGUGGGCCUGGACUCAGUGCUGUACGUCCUGGGGGGCAGCAUGGACGAGGGGCUCGUGGCUGAUGUAGAGAGGCUUGUCCUGGGAUCAGAGGGCUGGGAAACCAUCAGCCCAAUGGUGAGGGCCGUGGAGCGGGCAGCCACUGCUACUCUACGAUCACGUAUUUAUGUGGCUUGUGGACUGGAUGAAAAUGGGGAGGUGUACAGUGGAAUUCAGAGGUACGUGGUGGACGCUGAUCAGUGGGACGUGGUCUCUUAUUCUCCAUUUCCACGAUAUGACCUUGUGGCCACAGAGCUCAACGGUGCCCUCUACCUGUUUGGAGGCCAAGCGCUGCGUCUGGACGUGGAGACAGACGAGUGGACCGUGUUAGAGGAGGAGUUCCUGGACAGAAAGUUUUUCUGUGGCUGCACGACGGUCAAUGGACAGAUAUACCUGGUCAGUGAGAAGAAGAUCAACAAGGCAUUCCCCAACAUGGCGCUGCUUGACCCUUACAUAGACACUUGCAUUGAAGUGGAAGAUGCCAUACCCUGCCCCGUGCCUGUAAGAGGGUGUGUCACAAUGCGAAUGGUCACAUGAUGUGGCUGAUGUGACUGAGUGAGGUGAAACGACAGUCAGCCUACUGUAAAUGUAUACCUGUG